UCCACGACGACUGAGUCGCCACCCUCUCUCUCUCUCUCUCUCUCUCUGACUCUGCGGGUCGUCGUCUUCAUCCUUCAUUUCUUCCACCAGCCACCGUUGCUCCAUUCUGUUCCUUAUUCUCUUCCGUCGAACUUCCGAAGUCUUAAUCUGUCUUCCAUGAGCGGCAGGAGGACUCGAUGGGCUCGCUAGCAACUCAUUUCUCGGCCUUCCUCUUCCUCUUUCCGCUGGGCGUCCGGCGCCUCGUCUGCGCCUUCUCCCUCUACCUUAGGUCUCCUCCCCAUUACCAAUCGCGGACAUGGUACAUUUCCGAGCCCAAAUGGAAGAACCUUGACCUUUACGUCCUCUGCGUCACCCUCCCCCUCGCCGCCUUCUCUGAGGUCUUCUGGUUCCUCACCUUCAACGGCCAAGGAGCCUAUCGGUUCUCCUUCUUCCAGGAAGCUGCCGUCAUCCUUCUCUUCUGGCUGAUCGUCCUCAUCGUGCUGAUCCGCGAGAAUUUGGAUGUUCCCUUCUUCCAUGAGAACGUUCUCUUCCUUUUUGCCGGCGUCGCCUUCUUGGUCGAUUGCGCCACCCUCGGCAAGGACGCCGGCUCAGGCCUCGCCGGCCGGUCUUACCAGAUUCUUGCGGGGCUGAGCCUCGUCUGCUCGGCUUCUUGCCUUCUGCUUUCCUACCAGCCGAGGGCAUUCGUCGCUGAGUUUGCGCUUUCGGCGGGGCUUGUGCUCAAAGGGACGUGGUUCUUGCAGUCGGGCCUCUCGUUGUUUUCGUCGGGCUUCUUGCCUAGCGGAUGCCAUCGAGCUGGGGGGCUGAAUGGUAGCGUGAAGUGUGAAUUGGAGGAGGAUGGUUUGAGGGGAAUGGCUAUAAUCGAUCUUUUGUUUGUGGGGCACGCCCUUGGGGUGUUGAUUCUGAGCGUCGCCAUGUUUGGAAUGAUCUCUCGUAAGCACGACUCUAGAUUCACGGCUGGUGGAUUAUCUCUGGGAGAGAGAGAGUCAGAGGCUAUGUUGAUGCACCCGCUUCCGACCUUCGAACUCGAGUGAAAUUGUUCCAAAAUGACUGCUUGUUUUGUUAAAACCUUUUACCCUUCCUGGUAGUUUAUUAUUGGGGCUUGUGCUCGGUGUAAUCAAUUACGAUGAUGGAAGAAUAUGCUCUGACUUUGUGCCGCUUGGCGAGCCA